UUUGCAUUCCCUCGACUUCUGGUUUCUUAAAAGGACCGCCUAACGACGCGCCACUUUUCUUCCCCUUGUCAGGAUACCACAACCUUACUUACACCAUUCACAAAACACGAACGUGCCUGUCUACCUACGCCAGGUAGGCCUGUUCUCUUUCGUCUCUUGAUCUCUUUGAAACACAAGCCCCGAGCUUUGUUGCUUAUUUCGUCACGUACUUCGUAUACAAGACACAUACAAUCCUCUUUUAUAUACCACACCGUCACCGACAUGGCGCCUGAAGUACUUCAGCAAUUUGCCGUAGGAGGAGGACCAUUUCCAGUAACCAAGAUGCAGGACCCCAAAGAAAAGUUUUACCGCCACUUCCAGGACGAGGUUGCCAUUCUCCAGGAACAAAUCAACGGCAUCGGUUCCGUGGCUCAGGUUGGCGGUGAGAGGCAAGAUGCCAUUGACCACGUCCUAGCCGGCAUUUCGAACCUCUCCAACGAGGUCGCCGACGCCUCCGACUAUGUUCCCUCGUACGACUUGCGCAACUAUGCCCAGGCCGUCAAAGCUCUCACAGACAAGCUGAAUGAGACGACGACGAAACUCGCCCCUCGUUCGCGCUUCCAGUUCAAGCCGCGGGGUGCCAGCGCGGCGACCAGCGACCUGGCUGCUCCUAAGAACGACCCGCGCCUCCUCGUCGGGAGCUCCCUCGCCGACCCCUUGCCCGCGUCCCGCGGCGGGCCCGUCGUCGCCGCGGACCUGUUGGCCGAGAACGACGACGGCCUUGGCGACCUGCCGUCCUUCUCCAAGAACUACAACGAGGAGAUGGCGCGCCCGAGCGCCACCAAGGUGCGCAAGCCCAGCUUUUCCACCGCCAAGGACAUCGCCAUCUUCGGCCAGGAGGGUCUGCACAUCAUUUUGCCCUCGUCAGCGUCGAGGGCGACUUCGUCCGGCCGCCUGACGGACCUGAAGGGCUGCGUCGUCGACAUGUCUCUGGCGCUGUCCGGCACCACCUCGUUCGCGAACCUGGCGCUCAAGAACAUCGAGCGGAGCCUGAUCGUUGCCGGCAACGUCGCUGGGCCGGCGCAUAUAACCGGCGUCUCGGACAGCAUCAUCGUCGUCUCGGCGCGGCAGGUGCGCAUCCACGAGUGCAGAAACGUCGACAUCUACCUGCACUGCUCGAGCCAUCCCAUCAUCGAGGACUGCUCGAACAUGCGCUUCGCGCCGUUGCCGGCCAGUUUUGACACUCCGGAGGACCCAGUCAAGAACCAGUGGGAUCAGGUCGACGAUUUCAAGUGGCUCAAGUCGGAGCCCAGUCCGAACUGGGGCGUGCUGCCCGAGGAGCAGAGGCUGGCGGAAGAGAUCUGGACUAAAGUCGUGCCGGGGGAGCGCGGCAAGGACCUGCAAGAUAUCCUCAAGGCCGUGGGUGUCCAGAAGCAGUGAGGUGGUGUUUAUAGAUAAGUCUGGUGUCAUCAACGACGGCUGUCUCCUUUUGAUUGAAUGUCUGUACGGAGUUUGGGAGGCGGGGCGGUUUUGUCAAAAAAGGAACAAUGCAUCAUGAAGCGCACAAAAACCAAGCAAAAACCAGCGUCUUUAUUCUUCUUGAAUUGAACAUCGCCGUCGUCGCAUUUUGGGUAUCAUGUAAGAGUAAUCCGGCACACAAAGAAAAGCACACUUCGCCCCGGCCCCCCAUCCUCUCUCUCUCUCUCUUCCCUCGCAAUUCUGAACCAAAGCCGCUCCUCAUCCACCACUGUCCAUCACUCCGUCUCCAUCUUGUCGCCCGUGCCGCCCUCCUCGUGCCCGAAUUGGACGCCCAGCUCUCUCAGCCGGUCCAAUACCUCACGCUGCAUCCUGAUGCGCUCCUCAAGCUGGCUGAUCUCCUCUUCUUGCUCGCUGAUGGAGCGGUCCAUAUCCGGCAGCUGGCGCAUCUGUGUGCGGGCGCGCUGGAGCUUGUGCUUCAACGCAUCGGUCUGGGCCGGCACGUCCUUGAGAGACAGAGGGGCGUUAGGGCUGGCGCCGCCGAGUGGGUUGGGUGUCGCGCCGGCGCCGGUGCCGGCCGGGGUGGCGCCGGUAAUGCCGCCGACGGA